CAGCUGUCCUCAUUCAGUCCUGCACAGAGUCAACCAUGAGAGGUCUGGUGUUCCUGUUGUUGGUGGCCGUAGCCAGUGCGAGGGUCUUCGAGCGCUGCGAGUGGGCCCGGAUACUGAAGAGGAACGGGAUGGACGGGUACAAAGGCAUCAGCCUGGCCGACUGGGUUUGUCUGUCUGAGUGGGAGUCCCACUACAACACCCAGGCCACCAACCACAACACUGACGGAUCCGCCGACUACGGCAUCUUCCAGAUCAACAGCCGCUACUGGUGUGACAAUGGCACUCCCACGUCCAACGCCUGCAACAUCAGAUGCAGCGAGCUCCUGACUGAUAACGUCGUCACAGCAAUCAACUGUGCCAAACGUGUGGUCAGGGAUCCCAACGGCAUCGGCGCCUGGGUGGCUUGGAGAAAUCGCUGCCAGGGCCAGGACCUGAGCGGCUAUGUGAGAGGAUGUGGUGUUUAAAAAUGAAGCAGGAAAAAGAGAGUGUCAUCGGCAUAUUGAGUUUCUCACAAGUUCAGACACAUCGGAUUAAAAUGCUUGUAUUGUUUGUGUUGCUGAUCUGACACGACUGAUGAAAUAAACAAAGAGAGAAAUGUUACAAAAUGA